GCAAUCCCACUUUUGCAUACUUCCGUACGUGAGUUGAUUCAUGUGCUGAAACGAACUUUGAUCAUUAUACACUCCGAGAGGACAGGGAGCUAUUAUUCAGAUCUGUGUGACGAAACAUUGUGGUUACUAUAGAAUAAGAACAGGUAAGAAUAUGGCGGACACUAAGAGACGAAAUAUCGCAUCUACCCCUACCGCAAAUGGGUUGUCAGUAAGCACCGUCGCACCAGAGCCAUAUGAAAACAAAUCGGACGAUGUCAACAAUCUCGAUGUUAUGAAGGAUUUUAAGCCUGGGCCUCUGGAUCUUUACAGAAAAAGGGCGUCCUUUGACUGGAAACAGAUGCGACUAUUCAUUGACGGUGAAGAUGUGAUCCGUUUUAAGAACAAGAUUUGGAAAACACUGGAAAAUGACCCACUGUUCUCAAGGUCAUACUCCACACCAAGUCUGUCCGAGACACGGAAACUGGCUUUUCAACGUGUGCGACAGAUUUUUGCAUACAACUUUCUCCCUGACUCUGAGUUGUACACCAAUCCCCUGAGGCACAAGAUCCUCAGUGACAGUUUGGGCAUGUACGACUGGAGCAUGGGGGCCAAGGUCCAGCUCAGCGUGGAGAUGUUUGGUGGUGUGGUCACGUCCAUGGGGUCUCGCAGACAUGAGCAACUCAUAGAAGAUAACAAGAAGUUUGAGAAUUUUGGAUGCUUUGCUCUGACUGAGUUGAGUCAUGGCAGCAACACGAAGGCGAUGAGGACGACUGCGACCUACGACCCCAACACCAAGGAGUAUGUGUUGAACACCCCAGAUGUGGAGGCGACCAAGAUCUGGGUGGGGAACCUGGGCAAGUCCGCCACCCAUGCUGUGCUGUACGCGCAGUUGUACACACCAGAUGGCUCCUGUCACGGGCUCCACACGUUUGCGGUUCCUGUCCGUGACCCGCGGACACUGCUGGCGUACCCUGGGGUGCUCGUCGGGGAUAUGGGGGAGAAGAUUGGCCUCAAUGGUAUUGACAAUGGAUUUGUUUCUUUCAACAACUACCACAUCCCCCGUGAUAACCUGUUGGACAAGUUCGGGGACGUCACACCUGAGGGUCGCUAUGUUACCCCAUACAAGGAUCCGAGCAAGAGGUUUGGCGCCUCCCUUGGCGCCCUGUCUGGUGGGAGAGUGGGCAUCACAGGGAUGUGUACGUGCAACAUGAAGCUGGCUCUACCCAUCGCUGUACGCUACUCCGCAGUGCGCAGGCAGUUUGGACCAUCGGACAGUGAGAUCCCAGUUCUGGAGUACCAGCUUCAGCAAUGGAGACUUAUCCCCUACAUCGCAGCAAUGUACGCUCUGGAAAACUUCUCCACCACAUUCUUCAUGGACUACGUCAUGUUGAGGAUCGGCAUGAUGGUCGGGGAUAAGAGUGAGAAACAGGCGGAGCUGGGUCGGGAGAUCCACGCAAUCUCGUGUGCCAGUAAACCGCUGGCUGGCUGGCUGGCCAGGGACUCCAUCCAGGAGUGCCGGGAAGCUUGUGGUGGUCAUGGCUACUUCAAAGUGAACCGACUGGGCGACAUCCGGAACGACCAUGACCCCAACAUGACCUAUGAAGGUGACAACAACGUGAUCCUGCAGCAGACCAGCAACUACCUCCUGGGCAUGUACGAGAUGGCCCAACAGAGGAAAGGUCAGCAAAUCCCCACGCCAUUGAACAGUCUGGACUUUCUGGCCAACCUGGACAAGAUUCUGUCAUCUAAAUUCACGAGUUCCACUGUGGAAGACUGUCUGAAUCCACAAGUGUCCCUCGCGGCCUACCAGUGGCUGGUCUGCUACUUGAUGAAGGACAGUACAGCCAGGCUCAAGCAGCAGUCAGCAGCAGGCAAGGACUCCUUCACGGCCAGAAAUGACAGUCAGGCCUACUACUGCCGCAGUCUGGCACUGGCGUAUAUAGAGUUGAAUGUCUUGGACAGAUUUGUGAAGCUGCUGGAAGAAAACAAUGGGGAGCCGACACCUGCCGGCCUCAAGCCUGUGCUGACCCGCCUGUGUACGCUGUACGGCUUGUGGAGCAUUGAGAAACACCUGACCACCUUGUACCAGGGUGGCUACAUCACUGGCAGCAGUCCUCCCCGUGUGGUGAGGGAGGCCAUCCUCCGCUUGUGUCAGGAGCUGAAGAACGAUGCCGUCGCCCUCGUGGAUGUGAUGGCGCCCACCGACUUCAUCCUCAACUCACCCAUAGGAGCAUCUGACGGACAGAUUUACAAGAAUCUAUACGGCGCCAUGAUGCAGGGAGAGGACGUGCUGCAGCGACCUGAUUGGUGGAGAGAAUUUGUGAACAAGCCUGUGAUUCGUCAGCCUAAAUCAAACUUGUGAUUGGCCUGCUAAGACAAGAGACUUUAAAGCUCAUUCCGUGAAAGAUGACUGAGAACAAAGACUUUAUUUAAUGCAUAAUGUCUGUGAUUCUGUACAUGAGAGAGAAAUGCUGAGUGUUGAAUGAAGAUAGUACUUGUGUUCGAAACUAACGGCAGUCCUGGGGUCCUGAUGUUUGCUCUUGUAGUAUUUGAAACCCUCGAUUUGGAUCCAUUAACAUUAGGCUUAUGACAAGACCCUUUGACUUUCUUGCUUAAUCUCGAACAUUGUAGUAACGUCAUUGUAUUUUAACUUUGGCAAAUGUUGUGUGAAAGAUUAUUUUGUGUUUGUGCUGCUGAAAUUAUGGGUGGAAAACAACUAUUACCCUGACAAACAGCAUGUCUUUAAGUUGUAUUAGAAGCUAUUGAAUCAACGAAGACAGGAGUGAACAUGCAUUUCAACUUUCAGUCUUUUGCACAGGUACUUGUGCCUCUGUGAGAGUGUCCGUCACAGUAGCUUGAACCUCAGUUACACAAUAUUCAGAAGGGAUAUACAGUCGAACCUUGCUUAUCUGGACACUUGCGUUUUCUCAAAUAUUGUCCGGAUAAACAAGUUACUGGAUAUCUGAAUCCCUUGUUAACUGAGUUUUCUCCCCUGACCAAAUUCAACCGAGGUAUAAACAAGGUGUUAUCUCAUAGUAUGUCACCCAAUCACUCAGGCAAAUCACCUCAUUGUCAAAUGACAAUAACUGACCAACAAACUAUCGAGAGAUGUAACUAAAUAACACAGUGAUCACAUGAUACCCUCUUUGAUGUUGGCUGCUGGGUGAUAAGUUGUAUAACAACCAUCGUCAAGCGCGGUCGCUGUCCGGAAAGUGGGACACAAUAGUGUGCAUGUUGUAGGGCUGGGACAAGUCCAAAUAUACUACCCAGGUACCCGCCCCCCUAUUAUCCUACCCUACCCGGGUACCCACUGUAGGUCUCAGGAGAUCUCUCAAAAUGUCCGAUUGGGAACUUUUUUA